GGUUGGCCAAUCAAACACAGUCUUGUCUGUGAAGAGUGGAGAAAAGAUCAAGAUUCUUUUCACUCAAGUCAGCAAUUUGAACAUGAUGACAUCUCCAACGUUUGUUUUCUAUCUGGCAUGUUUGUUCUUGGGGAAAAUGGCUCAGAUGACUGAUCUGUCCUCAUCGGUUCGUCAAGAGAGUGGUUUUGUAUCAGCUAAUGUUGGUGAAAACAUAACUUUGCGAUGUUUCUAUGAAGGUGCUGUGGUAGCAAGAUAUUCCUGGUAUAAGCAAACACUGGGACAGAAACCAAAACUCAUCUAUACCUUCUACACUUUUAAUAAAAAUGGCACUUUUUAUGAUGAAUGCGAGAACAAUCCACGCUUCACAUUGGAUACUGAAAAAGAGGGCAUUACUGUCAGUGUAAAGGGUUCAGGUUUGAACAUCCAAGCUUCGGUCCAUCAGUCAGCAUCUGAGACCAUCCAGCCAGGAGGCUCUGUGACUCUGAACUGUACAGUACACACUGGGACCUGUGAUGGAGAACACAGUGUUUACUGGUUCAGAAACUCUGAAGAAUCUCAUCCAGGACUCAUGUACACCCAUGGAGGCAGGAAUGAUCAGUGUGAGAGGAAACCCAACACACAAACACACACCUGUUUCUACAACUUGCCACUGACGAGCCUGAAUCUUUCUCAUGCUGGGACCUACUACUGUGCUGUUGCCUCAUGUGGACACAUACUGUUUGGAAACAGGGCCAAGCUGGACUUUAAUCAUGAGAAAGACUCUCUUGUCUUGGUGUAUUUCUUGAUUGGCGCUUUGACAUUCACCACCAUCCUGAGUGUUUUACUGGCUUUCUCACUGUACAUUAUGAGUAAGAGAAACAGCGGCCAAUGUAGAGAAUCUUGCGUGAGAUUUUCAGCUUCCUCCACAACAAAUGCAGAGGAUUACAAAAAUGAGGAUAAUCUCCAUUACGCUGCUGUAAGGGUGAACAAGGCCAGCAGAUCAAGAAGACAGAGGGACGACACCUGGAGUGAAUCUCAGACAACUGAACUGAAAUUGGCCUCAUCUGUUCAUCAGGAGAGUGGAUUUAUAUCAGCUAAUGUUGGAGACAAGGUUACUUUGCGAUGUUUCUAUGAAGGAGAUGCAGCAAGGCUUUACUGGUAUAAGCAAAGUCUGGGACAGAAACCAAGACUUAUCUCUACCUUCUAUAAGUAUGAAAUAUAUGGUACUUUUAAAUAUGAAUUCAAGAACAAUCCACGCUUCACACUGGAUACUGAAAAAGGUAAAAAUAAUUUGCUGAUCACAGAUUUGCGUAUUUCAGACUCAGCUACAUACUACUGCGCAAGUAGCUAUACAUUUAUUUUUGAGUUUGCGGAGGGCAUUACUGUCAGUGUAAAGGGUUCAGGUUUGAACAUCCAAGCUUCGGUCCAUCAGUCAGCAUCUGAGACCAUCCAGCCAGGAGGCUCUGUGACUCUGAACUGUACAGUACACACUGAGACCUGUGAUGGAGAACACAGUGUUUACUGGUUCAGGAACUCUGAAGAAUCUCAUCCAGGACUCAUGUACACCCAUGGAGGCAGGAAUGAUCAGUGUGAGAGGAAACCCAACACACAAACACACACCUGUUUCUACAACUUGCCACUGACGAGCCUGAAUCUUUCUCAUGCUGAGACCUACUACUGUGCUGUUGCCUCAUGUGGACACAUACUGUUUGGAAACGGGACCAAGCUGGACAUUAAGCAUGAGGAAGACUCUCUUGUGUUGGUGUAUUUCUGGCAUGGGGCUUUUGCAUUCACCACCAUCCUGAGUGUUUUACUGGCUUUCUUAGUGCGCAUGAUGAACAAGAGAAACAGCUGCCUUUGGACAGGACAUACAGUGUCACUUCAGGUUGGCCAAUCACACACAGUCUUGUCUGUGAAGAGUGGAGAAAGUAUCGAGAUUCUUUUCACUCAAGUCAGCAAUUCAAACAUGAUGACAUCUCCAACGUUUGUUUUUUAUCUGGCAUGUUUGUUCUUGGGGAAAAUGGCUCAGAUGACUAAUCUGAUCUCAUCAGUUCGUCAAGAGAGUGGUUUUGUAUCAGCUAAUGUUGGUGACAGCGUAACUUUGCGAUGUUUCUAUGAAGGUGACGUGGUAGCAAGAUUUUUCUGGUACAAGCAAACUCUGGGACAGAAACCAAGACUCAUCUCUACUUUCUACACUUUUAAUAAAAAUGGCACUUUUUAUGAUGAAUUCAAGAACAAUCCACGCUUCACACUGGAUAAUGAAAAGCAUAAAAAUCACUUGAAAAUCUCAGAUUUACACAUUUCAGACUCAGCUACGUACUACUGUGCAAGUAGCUUUUCAAUAAUAUUGGAAUUGGCAGAGGGCAUUACUGUCAGUGUAAAGGGUUCAGGUUUGAACAUCCAAGCUUCGGUCCAUCAGUCAGCAUCUGAGACCAUCCAGCCAGGAGGCUCUGUGACUCUGAACUGUACAGUACACACUGGGACCUGUGAUGGAGAACACAGUGUUUACUGGUUCAGAAACUCUGAAGAAUCUCAUCCAGGACUCAUGUACACCCAUGGAGGCAGGAAUGAUCCGUGUGAGAGGAAACCCAACACACAAACACACACCUGUUUCUACAACUUGCCACUGACGAGCCUGAAUCUUUCUCAUGCUGAGACCUACUACUGUGCUGUUGCUUCAUGUGGACACAUACUGUUUGGAAACGGGACCAAGCUGGACUUUGAGCAUGAGGAAGAGUCUCUUGUGUUGGUGUAUUUCUGGCAUGGGGCUUUUGCAUUCACCACCAUCCUGAGUGUUUUACUGGCUUUCUUAGUGCGCAUGAUGAACAAGAGAAACAGCUGCCUUUGGACAGAGUCUCAAGCAAGAUAUGUAGAUUACUCCAAAACAAAUAGAAAGGGUUACCAAAAAGAAGACUAUUACAUUGCUUUAACAGACAUAAAGAUCAACAGAUCAAGAAGGCAGACAGACGACACCUGGAGCGAAUGUGUGUACUUUAGUGUAAAGCAAUAGAGCUGGACAUCUUUCUCUCUGCAAAAUAAGACGUGACCACUUUAGCGUCUCUCUAAAAGUGUCAUUUUGCUUUUCCUGAAACAUGAGCAGUUUUGUAAAUAUGAUUUUACCUCAGAAUGAUUCAUGUAAGGCCUCACCUCUCAGUAAUUUCAUUAAACAAGCUUUUUCAAAGAGAAAACAUAAAGUGCAAUGAUUUCUAUUUCUGUGCCAAAAGGUUGCAAUAGACUUCUCUGUUUCUGGUGCCAUUAGCUACAGUACUGAGGGCUUCCACAAUUAUAAAGUAAGAAAGUGCUGAACUGAAUUCAGUUCACAGUGGAAGAUGUACAACCUGUCAAAGCACAUUUAACAUUUUCAUAAACCCAAGCUUUCAUCAUUGUCUUUACUCAAACAGACUACAGCUAUCAGUAGCUGCAGUAAACAGCUAUAUAUUUUCCAUGUGGUCAGUUGAAAUAAAAUCUAUUGAUGGUUUUGUAAGGUUUGGUCAUUUUCAUGUUAACAACUAUUUUCACUUCUUGUCAUUGUGUGUGUGUGUGUGUGUGUGUGUGUGUGUGUGUGUUUUUUGUUUGUGUGUUUUCAUGCAGGAUGUCUCCAAAAUGUGUAACAACAAUUUUUAUAGCAGAUCAGAUUAAAUUCUGUGUGAUCUUUUCGUGAUCAAACUAAUACAGCCAAUGCAAAUUAUACUGUGUGUCGAGCUACUGCAACACGUUGAACUUGAGAAUAUGUGUGUGUGCACUCUACAAACCAAAAAUGUUAUCGGGAAGUUUGGUGAGUAAAAUAAGAACUGAUUAAAAAAACUGGACCGAG